GAAAGAUGUUGUGGCACCAUAUGUGCAUGUUGUGGGUUCCUUUAUUGAUGAUGAUCCACCUGAUCCAUUUGAGGCUCGUCAUACACUGCUUUUCUUUCGAGGCCGUACUGUCAGGAAAGAUGUAUGGAACUGAUUUAUGAUAGAAGGGAAGAUCCGGGCAAAACUUGCAAAGAUAUUGAAAGGAAAGGGUGGUGUGCGCUUUGAGAAUAGCUUUGCCACAGGCGACGGCAUUAAAAUAUCUACAGAAGGUAUGCGGUCAUCGAAGUUUUGUCUUCACCCUGCUGGGGACACUCCUUCCUCGUGCCGCCUGUUUGAUGCCAUUGUCAGUCACUGUGUUCCUGUGAUUGUGAGCAGUCGCAUCGAGCUCCCUUUUGAAGAUGAGAUUGAUUACAGCGAAUUCUCCCUUUUCUUCUCAGUUGAAGAAGCUCUAAGACCUGAUUACUUGAUCAACCAGCUCAGGCAGAUAUCCAAAAAGAAGUGGGUUGAGAUGUGGUUGAAGCUAAAAAAUAUAUCUCACCACUAUGAGUUCCAGUAUCCCCCCAGGAAAGGUGAUGCUGUGAAUAUGAUAUGGAGGCAGGUGAGGCACAAAAUCCCUGCAGUUAACCUUGCCAUUCACAGGAAUAGAAGACUAAAAAUUCCAGACUGGUGGGGACAAUAGUCUUUGAGUAGUGUACAUAUUACCCUAUCCACUGGUAAACCUGGUUAUUUUUGGUGCGUGAUCUUAUCCAAGGACCAGUGCUCAUCUUAUCCAAGGACCGAGCCCACAACUAUGCUGUGCUGGGAACUGACAUUGUCACCCUUUUUUUGGUUCAUUUUUUGAUAGGAUAAGUAUUUUUUCCCCUGAAACUACAAAAUACUGGGAACAAAUAUUAUUUAUAGUGAAGAUUUACCUGACAAAUAGGAUAUAUCUGUAUCUUCUUUGUACUAGCUUACUGAAAGUUGCAAUAUAUUCCUGUUGCUGGUGCUGGUAGAUACCGUUCAUCUCAGUGCUUGCUUGUACUAUGGAUCUGUUGACUUCAAUGGCAGAGUUUUCAAUGCUUAGCUUGAUCA